CCGCUCAGUGUCAGGGUUGUUAUCUUAUCGGUGGCUGAAUGGCUAAAAGGCCAGUCUGAACAGCAGUCUGCAGGCAAUUUGCACGGAAUUUUGGCCGCCAAAGGCAACCCUCCACUCGUGUUUGACAGAAAGCGGUCGCCUCUCCAUUUGUUGGGGGGGUUCAAUUGGAAGCCACCGACAUUCAUGGAGCUGUGAUGAGCAGCCGCCGCGUUCUGGUGGGCUCCGCCGACGAGUUCGCCCUCGUAUCUCGCCAAAGACCCCGGCGCAACUAUGCCCCCCGCUCAGACCUCGCCGUGAUGCGACUCCGGACUUCUGUAGCGCAGUUUGCUUUGCCGUCCGGGAGGAUAUGUUACCCAAAAUCCUCUUCCCUCCCCAUCCGGCCCUUGCACACCACCCGCCAGACCUCACGAACCUCCCUCUCCGAUGAUGAGCGCGAAUCCGACCGCCGCCGACCACGGACCUUCGCCAUCAGCCCUCCUCAGCCCCCUUCAAUCCAUCCGCCGCGCUCCUCCAAAACACAAGGCACCACCUCAUCAACAACCCCCACCCCUCUGCACCUCCACCUCACCCGCUGCCCCCCCGGCUCGCCGUCCAUCCCGCGGGCAAUGACCAUGUCCAGCCUGACCUCGCUCGCUCUGUCUCCAACGCCGGUGGUGACCUUCAACAUCGCCGUGCCGAGCCGGACGUUUGACGCCAUUGCGGCGAGCCGACGCUUCAAUAUCCACGUGCUGGCUGACAAUGCGGCAGGCGCGAGUGUGGCAGAUUGGUUGGCCGGGGGUAACACCGGGGGCAGGGAGGUUCUUGAGCGGUUGAGUGCGGACGGAGGGGUGGAGGUUGAGCCUGGCGAGCAGGAGGGUGACGCGCCGGUGUUGAAGGGGGAUGGGGUGCUGUAUGUGCUGAGGUGUCGGUUGCUGGAGGAUGCUAAUGCGCCGACUGGGGGGUUCGUGAGGGUGAGAGAUCAUGUCAUUGUUCUUGGGGAGGUGUUGGAGAUCGUGGAGAGGUCCGGGUCACAGAGGGAGGUGAAGGAUCGGUUUGGCUUGCUGUAUGCGGAUAGACGGUACAGGCAGCUUGGGAAAUGUAUAACACCUGUAGAGAAAGAAGAGGAGGGAAGGUUAUUAGAUGACGAGUGAAAGGGUUGUGUUCGGAUCCGGGAUCAUGUACAUGUACUCUAGUUUGGAUUCACAUGGCGACGGCGUUGGCGGGGCAUGGCAUGGCACAGAUCACACACAUACUCAUACGGGGACGCAAACAUGGCAGGGGAC